AUGGGAAAACCUCGUUCCUACGAUGAUUACACCUACAUGGCAAGCAUGAUGUUCAAGACCCUGGGAUACGAUCUAUUCGACUCACCCAGACCUAGAUGGCAGAAUCUCCUCUUAACUAGUUACUUUGUUUUGUGUUUGGUCAGCAACUCCUACGGGGCCUCCAUGUUGACUUUGAGGAUCAUUCAGUGGGAAUCCUUGGCAGGAAGUCCAUCAAAGAUUAUGCGACAGGGUCUUCAUUUCUUCUAUAUGUUCAGUGCCCAGUUGAAAUUCGUUACCUUUAUGACAUAUCGAAAACGCCUACGAUUGCUGAGUGAUAAAUUGAAAGAUCUAUAUCCGCAUGAUGAGGAAAGGCAGAAAAAGUACGACUUGAAUAGAUUUUAUCUCUCACGAACCACUCGAAAUGUUUUGUAUUUCUAUUACUUUGUGAUGAUUGUUAUGGCUCUAGGACCUCUAAUACAGUCGUGCAUUAUGUACCUGAUAGGUUUUGGAAACGCUGAGUUUCCCUAUAAACGCAUUUUCCCCACACGCUUUAGCUUUGAUUCAGAAAAACCUUUGGGCUAUGUAGUGGCCUAUAUAAUAGACUUAACCUAUAGCCAAUUCAUAGUAAAUGUGAGUUUAGGGGCAGAUCUUUGGAUGAUGUGCAUUUCGAGUCAGAUUUCAAUGCACUUUGCCUAUCUGGCCAAGGUGCUAUCGUCGUAUUGCCCAAGUCGAGAAUCAGAAAAACAAGAUUGCUGUUUCUUGGCAAGUCUAGUUAAGAGACAUCAACUAUUGCUUAGCUACCACAAGGAUGUGAAUAUUGUAUUUGGACUUCUAUUGGCCUCAAAUUUGUUCACCACUGCUAGCCUACUCUGCUGUAUGGCUUACUAUACCGUCUCCCAGGGUUUCAAUAUGGAAGGCAUAUCCUAUAUGAUGUUAUUUGUUAGUGUGGCAGCCCAGUUCUACAUGGUCAGCUCACAUGGCCAAAUGCUUAUUGACUGGAGUACCAAUAUAGCUGAUGCUGUAUAUGAACAUAGAUGGUAUGAAGGAACCUUGCGAUACAAAAAGGAUAUGCUUAUUCUUAUGACCCAGGCCCAACGUCCAGUGGAAAUAUCAGCCAGGGGUAUUAUUAUUAUUUCUCUGGAUACCUUUAAGAUAUUGAUGACCAUCACAUACCGAUUCUUUGCGGUUUUACGUCAAACUGUGGAAAAGUAA